AUGGGUGCACCUAUUCUCGUCUACGCCUUAUGCGCUGCGGUCCUUUUUGAGGCAAUAAGAAGGCUGAGCCGUAUUGGCAGGCGACCGGCGGACUUUCCUCCAGGGCCUCCCACAUUGCCUAUUUUAGGAAAUAUCCAUCAGCUCCCCACGUCUCAAGGGCAUUUGCAGUUUCAAAAAUGGGCACAAGAGUACGGCCCAGUGUAUAGUCUUAUUCUAGGGACGCAAGUAUUAAUCGUGUUGUCCAACGAUGUGGCGAUUAAAGAACUGCUGGAUAAGCGUGGUGGCAUCCAUAGUGAUCGUCUUGAGAUGUACAUUGGACAGACGCUCUGUAGUGGCGGUUAUCGAUUCUUGAUGCUGGGAUACGGCGAUAACUGGCGAAUGUUUCGGAGACUUGGACACCAGCUGCUCAACGUACAAUCAUCAAAAGCAUAUGUGCCAUAUCAAAUCCUGGAAAGCAAGCAGUUGCUGCGCGAAAUAUUAGAUCGCCCAGAUUUAAUACUCGAAAGUUUGCGCAGAUAUAGCAAUUCUUUGUCAACCCACAUGAUCUACGGUUGGCGAACAGUACGACACGAUGAUCCAAGACUCCUCCAGGUAUUCAAAGGCUUUAGUGACGUUGGAAAAAUCACUCAGACCGGCGCAUCUGCAUUCUUGGACUUUUUUCCAAUCUUAAGAUGGCUUCCUGAAUUCAUGACCCCAAUGAAGAGACAGGCCAAGGAACUGCACAAGAAAGAGAUGGAUAUGUACCUGAAUCUGUGGCUAGAAGCGAAACAGAGCUACAAAAGCGGCACGUACAAAGACUGUAUCUGUGUUUCUCUGGCACAGCAGCAAGAGAAGAAUGGAUUCACAGAUGAACAAGCUGCAUACGUCGCCGGAAGCUUUCUCGAGGCAGGCUCAGACACAACGUCUUCAACUCUGUACGGCUUCAUCCAAGCGAUGAUAUUAUUCCCCGAGGUACAGCGCAAGGCACAGGAAGAGAUAGAUCGAGUCAUUGGCUCCGAUCGCCUUCCAACACUGGAUGAUGAGGAUAGCCUGCCAUAUAUCCGCGGUUGUGUCAAGGAGUCACUCCGAUGGAUGCCAACUGCGCUUCUUGCAGGAGUUCCACACGCAUCCAAUCGCGAAGACGAGUACCUGGGAUAUCGCAUUCCGGCUGGCGCAGGACUGGUCAACAAUGUUUACACCAUCCACAUGGACCCGCAACGGUAUCCUGAUCCGCGGACAUUUAAACCAGAGCGAUUCGAAGGCGACAUGGCAUCGGCAGCAGACUCAGCAUUAAAUCCGGAUCCGUCUCAGCGCGAUCAUUACGUUUUUGGGAGCGGCCGCAGGAUUUGUCUUGGCAUUCACGUUGCUGAGAGGAGUCUCUUUAUUGCCAUCUCGCGGAUGCUCUGGGCUUUUGACUUUCUUCCCGAGCUUGACUCUGCCGGAAAGCCCAUCCUCCCUGAUCCCAAUAAGCUGACAGAAGGGCUUUCAGUGUUGCCAGAAAAGUUUGGAGUACAAAUCAUACCACGUGAUGAAGCUCGAGCUCGCAGGAUUAUAGACGAAUCUAUGGGAGUCGUGAUGCAAUGA